GUUGUUGAUGUUGUUAACUUGUGUAUACAAAAUGGCGGGGAAAGUAUUGGACUCACCCAGAGCGAGAAGUCUUCUUUCCAUUAUAUUUAGCAGAUCAACUGUUCGAUUUCUAGCUUUGCCGGCAAUAUGUAGAAAUAGUUCGAUUCAAAGGUUUAGCAGCAAAAGUCAGCAACGUCAAUCUUCACGUUUUUGUCUGUUUUCCGACGCGAUGAUACCAACAGUCAGUAAUCGAUGGCUGAGGAUUCCCCAAUUUUUCAGGUUUCGUUCAACGUUGGCAGCACCUGAAAACCAAAAACCUGUUAUAACCCUUUUCUCGAAGGAUGAUUGCCCUUUGUGUGAUGUUGCCAAAGAGGAACUGAAAAGGUACCAAGACCAGUGCAAAAUAGAAGUUAUUGACAUAGGGGAUGAAAAGAAUUCGCUUUGGUUUGAAAAAUAUAAAUACGAUAUUCCAGUUAUUCAUCUAAAUGGCAAAUUUCUUAUGAAACAUAAAGUAUUUGAUGGUGCCCUUGAAGAUGCAAUCGUCAAUGCAAAUGCAAAAACAAGGGAGAUAGAAAAAAACACAAUUGCUCCAGGAGGAAAGCGUCAUACAAAAUUUCUUGAAAACAAAUCGUCCGACAUGAUGCUGAAUUUUUAUAGUGGUCAUUUUCUCGAUCGUUGCGCAAACAUCCGCAAAUCAAGAGAGACAGUAGAUGCCAAAAUGAGAAGAGAGAGUAGCAGGUUUAUUAUCUUCAGCUCCUUGGAACCACUAUUGUCAAAAAGAGGAAAUAAACCUGGGUAUUGUUUAAAGACCCUUUCAUUCAAAGAGGUAUCAGAACUUCUUAAUGAUGAUAGAGUACUAGAUGAAGUGGUACUUUUAGGAACAGAUUCUAAUAAUAUAGAUUGGUUUGCAAUUAAUUUACGAAACAAUAUGAAACAGGAUGUGAUUUCAAGUUACGUUAAGGCAGAUGCAAAGUUUAGUAAUGCAUUUUCAGGGAUGUUGAAACUAAACGACGUAGAGUCAUCCAUUGCAGCACAAGCUCGUGGUGUUCUUGCUUGGCAUAGCAGUCAUAGAUUCUGUCCUGAAUGUGGAUCAGAAAGUGAAAUGGCUGAAGCAGGCUACAGGCGACAGUGUAGCAACGAAAAAUGCAGAACAAGAUACGUGAAUAACCACCAUGCAUGCUACCCACGAGUGGAUCCUGUUACAAUGUCAUUGGUAGUGUCACCUGAUCAAAAAUCGAUCCUAUUAGCAAGAAAGCCAAUAUUUCCGCCAGGGUUCUUCACCUGCCUUGCAGGCUUCGUAGAGCCAGGCGAAUCAUUCGAAACGGCCGCCCAUCGGGAGGUUUACGAGGAGUGUGGAAUAGAAAUCGACAAUAUUAGUUAUCAGUUGUCACAAUGCUGGCCAUUUCCAUCUUCAAUCAUGUUCGGAUGUUCGGCCACAGCAAAGCACACAGACAUUGUGAUAGAUGACCAAGAGCUAGAAGAUGCCAUCUGGUUUACAAAAGAACAGGCUAUCAGCCUUAUCUCAAAAGAAACUCACAAAGCAUUCGUUGCUGGCAAGCGGGUCGAAAUCGCCCCUGGUAAAUACGCCCUUGCCCAUCACUUGAUCAAACGAUGGAUUGAUGGGAAAAUAUAGUCAAGUACGGUGUUUGGACUUAAAAGUCUAGUUUUCAAAUGAUUGUGUAGAAUAUUUUAAUAGAGAGAAGUCUUAGUAAUGUUUUAGCUGAAUGUAGUAGCUGAGAAUUAGGUAGUUCAAUGUUAAUCUAUAUUAGCAACAAUGAAUUUCUUUUAAAGGA